CGAUUGGCCGGUUCCCCCUCGCUUGGUUUUGCCCCUGCUCCCCCUGUGCAGGCAUCCACAGUGCAUCAGGCCGGCGCUUUAUAGCUGCAGCCUGGGCGGCUCCGCUCGCUGUUUUUCUUCCCCGGGCUGUGGCUUCUUUUACGCUUCGCGAAGAUGCAGCUCAAGCCCAUGGAGAUCAACCCCGAGAUACUGAACAAAGUGCUGUCGCGGCUAGGGGUGGCCGGCCAGUGGCGCUUCGCCGACGUGCUAGGGCUGGAGGACGAGGCUCUGGGCUCGGUGCCAGCGCCGGCCUGCGCGCUGCUGCUGCUGUUUCCCCUCACCGCCCAGCAUGAGAACUUCAGGAAAAAACAGAUUGAAGAACUGAAAGGACAAGAAGUGAGUCCCAAAGUGUAUUUCAUGAAGCAGACCAUUGGAAACUCCUGUGGUACCAUCGGACUGAUCCACGCAGUGGCCAAUAACCGAGACAAACUGGAAUUUGAGGAUGGAUCGGUCCUGAAACAGUUUCUUUCUGAAACAGAGAAGAUGUCCCCUGAAGACAGAGCAAAGUGCUUUGAAAAGAAUGAGGCCAUCCAGGCAGCCCACGAUGCCGUGGCCCAGGAAGGCCAGUGUCGGGUAGAUGACAAAGUGAAUUUUCAUUUUAUUCUGUUUAACAACGUGGAUGGCCACCUCUAUGAACUGGAUGGACGAAUGCCUUUUCCAGUGAACCAUGGCACCAGUUCAGAGGACUCUCUGCUGCAGGACGCCGCCAAGGUCUGCAGAGAGUUCACCGAGCGCGAACAAGGAGAAGUCCGCUUCUCUGCUGUGGCACUCUGCAAGGCAACCUAGGCUCCGAGGAAGGGGCUGGCUCUUCUCCCCACACCUGCCCAAGCAGUCCACAAUGCUUCCAUGUGUGUAGACAUAGCUGUCUCCUUUGGAUCUGCAGACACACACACUCUUCCCUCUACCACACCCAAGCACUAGCAGAGCUCAGCUGCUGCAAGCCGAGCUGGUGUGAGCUUUGGACCAGAAGCAUUUUUCCCACCAUAUAUGUGUCUUAUAUCUCAGUAUCUAACGCUUUCAUGGCUACUUUGGUUUGUGUCUGUAAGUUAAGCCCUUGGAUGUUUGUCUUUAAAAGAAAUAAAACUUUUCUGCUGAUAAACGACAA